CCAACUUUGCUAUAUCCUCGUUUCCACUACAAAUACGCGAGAAUGCAGUGGAUUUUGAAGUGGCAUUGAUCAGAGCUUUCUCUCCAUUCUGAUUUUACCUUCGGACAACCAUCCUGCUUAAUUAGGUGCUCCAGCAGCUCGAGACAAUGGCGAGCCCCAGCACUAGGAGCUAUCAUGGAUGUGACAAGGACAGUGAUGGAUCGAAGAGAGGAAAGCUAUCCGUGUUGAUUGUGGAUGAGAACGUGCUCGUGUGUAGAGUGCAUGAGAUGCUUGUUAGCAAGCUCAAAGUAGCAAAAGAACUCCUGACUGAAACGGCCACAGAUGGAAAGGAGGCCUUGGAUCUUCACCUUUCUGGUUCAUCUUUUGAUGUUAUUCUCAUGGAGAUGGAUUUGCCCAUCAUGGAUGGCCCGGAAGUAACGAAGAAGCUGAGAGCAAUGGGGGUGAAGAGCAUUAUCGUGGGAGUGACUUCACGGGACUCCAAAGUUGACAGGGAAGCCUUUAUGGCAGCGGGUCUGGAUGUGUGGCUUGAGAAGCCAUUGACUGCUCAUAAACUCAAGUCUGUUGUUGAAGCCCUAGAGAAGAAGUAACAGAGAUCUGAUAUGGUCUGCAUAUAACUAAAGGACGAGUAAUGAGUGAACCUGCAAUAUAGAAUAAUAGGGAUCACAUAGUUUAUUUGAGUUAUAGAUGUACGACUGAGCAUGGUAAUGCGAGUUUUGUAAUCAUGCAAGUCAUUUGCUGAUGAUAUCUAUUUCUUAAUAAUCAAAAGGAAGUUACGAAAUUUAUAAGCGUUUAUGCUCUCUUACACAAUGGAGAUCAUUAGCUUGGCUUGUGAUCAACCGAGGAUUUAGUGUUUGCUGUCAACAUAUU